UGCGAGUCUGGAACCGGCUGCGAGGCUCCUGGCCGGCUUGGCUGCUCGCCACAGCGGGCACAGAGGGCAGGAGGGUGGGAUCCAGCCGCGAUCCCUUCUAUCCAUCCAUCCGUCCAUCCAUCCAUCCCCUCCUCGGCGGCGGGACCGCGGGCCGGCAGCGCCGGGAGCCGGGGCUAAGCUGUUGUCCUGCUGUGCAUGAAGCGUGUUUGAAGUCAUGUCCAGAAGGAAAGUCCUCUAAAUCAGCAUUUUGCAAGUGAAUAGAGAUGCAAUGGAGGUAGAGUCCAGCACCUACACUGACUUCAUCUCCUGCGACCGGGCUGGCCGGAGGAACGCUGUCCAUGACAUCGAGAGAGAGGCCACCACCAUCAGCAUGCGCCAGCUGAGCCAGGACAUGGGGGAGCUGGCUGUGCAGGGAGCAGAAAGCCGAAGAGAUGCCAGUUCUUCUGACAACGACCCUGGAGCAAGACCAAAGGGGCAGGAAAGCAGCCCCUCCCCAUGAGAGCAAAAAGGGUGUGGGAUGGGCAGGAGGAGGGCCUUGCUGUGAACAUUAAACAAGGAUUUGUUGAAUCUGUGGACAAAAGCCAACCUGGAACAGCAAGUUGUCUGUCAAAUGUCUCUGCUGGAACCGUGCUUGUGUAGAGAGACACAAGACACCUGCAAGGACUGGCACCUCCAAAAGACUUCUGCCCCCAUCCCAAGUGGUUUAGAGCAACACUGCCAUGGUUGUAGUGGUAUGAGCCAUUCUCAAGAUGCCUUAGCUGUAAUUUUCUCUUAGGGGAAAAACAGUUUCAGUAAUAAUAGACACACCAGAUUUUCCUGUCCAAGGUACCUUCCUCCUUUGCAGAUUUAGACUAUUAUUUAUUCUGUUUCCAUAGGUUAGAAAUUUAGAUUAUUGGUUUUCCUAAGCCUCACCCUCAUCUUCAUCUUAGACCUGGCCUCUGGAUUGUCCACAUGGCCCCUCAUCAGGCUGGGCAGUGGGGAAAGGACCCAGCCUGUCCUGCUGCCCUCAUGUCAACACCACUCACAUGUGCUGCUGCUGCUUAGCAUCAGGAAAGGACCAAAGCACAGCUCUGUGGGGAUCAGCCCCACCUGGAGACCCAGCAGCACCAGCCACAGGCAUCUUUUUCUUCAGGUUUGAACACUUCAAGAUUAUUAAGGGGCGGGGAGAAACAUUUUGCUGGUUUGACUGUUGAAAUUCAGGCUUAACUUUGCAAGCUGAUAGCUGAGAUGAUCUCUGGUAGGAUCUCACACCCUUCUGUCUUUAAGGAGACAUGUUUUGUGUUAAAGAUGGUUUGAUAAAACUACAUAAGCUGUUGGAAUAAAUGACACAGCCUUCAAGCACUGAA